AUGGCGACGAAGGGAGUCCGACAGCGAAACAGACGAGGUAGCAAACAAGAUACAAAUAACGUGAACACGUCCACUGUCGGUGAUAAUAGGGUGUCGAAGGAAGAAAAGGGGACUGACGAGAGUAAAUGUGCGGACACGCGAAACGAUGUGUUCCCAGAUAAGCAUAUUCCCCACUACACCCGACCCCUCUUCCACAGGACAUCCAGUAAAGCGGGGCAGGUAUGGGCUCCGGAGGGCUCCACGGCAUUCAAGUGUCUAGUAUCAGCGCGAUUCUGCGCAGCGUUGCUCAGCAACAUCUCUGACUGUGAUGAGACCUUCAAUUACUGGGAGCCAACCCACUACCUGCUCUAUGGAAAGGGGAUGCAGACAUGGGAGUAUUCUCCAGCCUACGCUAUUCGCUCCUACGCAUAUCUGUGGCUUCAUGCACUUCCAGCCUGCUUUCAUGCCAAAAUACUGCAGACCAAUAAGGUCCUUGUGUUUUAUUUCCUGCGCUGUGUGUUAGCUUUCACCUGCUGCGUAUGUGAACUAUACUUCUACAAGGCCGUGUGUAAGAAGUUUGGCUUGCAUGUAGGUCGUCUCAUGCUUGCGUUCCUGGUACUAAGUGCAGGCAUGUUCUGCUCCUCUGCAGCAUUCCUUCCAAGCACUUUCUGCAUGUAUAGCACGGUCGUGGCCAUGACAGGCUGGUUCCAGGGUAGUCCCAGCCUGGCUAUACUGGGAAUAGCAGCUGGUGCUAUUGUAGGCUGGCCCUUCAGUGCUCUGCUUGGUAUACCCAUUGCCUUUGACCUGCUUCUGAUGAAAAGAAAAUGGAAAAGUUUUGUCACAUGGACCCUGGUGGCUCUCCUGCUUUUUCUGGUUCCUGUGAUGAUGGUAGACAGUUAUUACUAUGGCAAGCUGGUGAUUGCUCCUCUGAAUAUAAUCCUGUACAAUGUGUUCACCCCUCAUGGGCCUGAUCUUUAUGGUACAGAGCCGUGGCAUUUCUACUUUGUGAAUGGCUUUCUGAAUUUUAACGUAGUCUUCGUCCUGGCUCUGCUUUCUCUGCCUCUCACUGCUCUAAUGGAGGCCCUGCUCCAAAGAUUCAACGUCCAGAACCUGGGCCGUCCCUAUUGGCUGACGCUGUCGCCCAUGUACCUGUGGAUGCUGGUCUUUUUCACCCGCCCACACAAAGAGGAGCGCUUCCUGUUUCCCAUCUAUCCUCUCAUCUGUCUUUGUGGAGCUGUGGCUCUCUCGUCACUACAGAAGUGCUACCACUUCAUGUUCCAGCGAUACCGUUUAGAACACUACACCAUCUCCUCGAACUGGCUCGCCCUGGGCACUGUCGUCCUGUUCGCCGUGCUUUCGCUCUCCCGCUCUGUGGCUCUUUUCAGAGGUUACCAUGCUCCCUUGGAUCUGUAUCCUGAGUUCCUCCGUAUUGCUAAAGACCCCACCAUUCACACAGUGCCAGAGGGGAGACCGGUCAGCGUGUGUGUGGGCAAAGAGUGGCAUCGUUUUCCCAGCAGCUUCCUACUGCCCAAAAACUGGCAGCUGCAAUUCAUCCAGUCGGAGUUCCGGGGUCAGCUGCCCAAGCCGUUCUCAGCGGGGCAAGACGCCACACGGAUAAUCCCCUCGGACAUGAACGACCAGAACCUGGAGGAGCCGUCUCGAUACGUGGAUCUUAAACACUGUCAUUAUCUUGUGGACCUGGCCACAGAAACAGAGGCCCCUAGAGAGCCACGCUACGCCGCUAAUAAAGAGGAGUGGAGUGUCAUUGCAUACAAGCCUUUCCUAGAUGCCAGCAGGUCCUCUCGACUCUUCAGGGCCUUCUUCAUACCUUUUCUGUCAGAGCAGCACACUACCUACAGCAAUUAUGUCAUCCUCAAACCACGGCGACCCAAACACGGCAGGAGGCGAACGCAACCCUGACACACCCCCCGCCCCCACCUUUCAUUCCCCCCUUUCUCCUCCUCUCUCGCCCAUUUCACCCUUACGUGAUGUCGUCAUGCGUGUUUCCGUGUGAGAGUAUGUAUGUGUGUAAUAGCAUCUAAGUGUGUGUGUGUGUGUGUGUGUGGGUGAAAAUGUGGUGUAUAUUUUACACCAGUGGUGGUGAACAUGGUCGUUAAGUGAAGUUGUUUGGUGUCUCAUCAUUGACAGAGGGAAACAAGGACAGGCCUAACAUGGAGCAUUUGAUGGAGGAGUCACCUGAUCAAUGCUCCCAGUUCUUUCUUUCUUUUUACACAUUCUCCUAACUCUCAUUCUUCUCAUACCAUCCUUAAAAAUCCCAGCCGUUUGCUUUGCUCGUCCGUACCUCUGUGACAGAAGAGUUCCGUUCAACCAACCCUUUAAGGACUAAAGUCCCUUAUUUUGUGAUGUCUUGUGUGUAAACUGUCCUUCUUUGAACCUGACACCGGGCUGAAACAAAGCCAGGACCCGAACUCGAAUGGCCCCUUGCGGGCCUUUCACAGGUCUCUGUUUGUGUUUCAUUCAUAGCCUGUUAAUUGUCUGCCCACUGUGGAGUCAACACAGACUUCCAUUCAUCUGUCCUGUGCGAAAGUUCUGGUAACUGUUUUAUUUUGCACUCUCUGAGUUUGUAUCUGAUGGAUUUUUUUGAACACGUAGACCGAGAGGUGACGUGGUAUACCGAUCGAGUGUUUCUUACGUACGGAUCGCGAUGCUCAUAUCGUUCUGGGGAGAUCGUACCAGUGUUAACAGUGUGAUGGAUUCGAAUAAUAAAAGGUCUUGACGAGUUUACGAUCCAACCACCCGUGAACCUGGAACAUUCCUUUAAUGUCAUUUGAGUGAAGAACAUGUGGAUGUAAGGUCUUCACUGAAGCAGAGAUGACACGUGAUAGUUUGUAUACGCAAACCAUCCGGUCUGAUACUGCCUGGUGCCUCAGCGUUCAGUCUACUCAGAACAGCUUCAUACAUCAACAACACCUGUGCUCUUGGUUUGGUCUCAGUGGUGUUCCUAUUGUUCCGGUUUGGUUAGACCUGUGCGAACAUCAAGUGUGAGUGUAUGUAUACAUGUGUGAGUAGGUUUGUGUGUGUGUGUGGUUAGGGGAGAUGGCUCAAGGGAUUAUUAAGAUGUCUGCAUUGACGACAAGUUAAGCUGCGACACACUACAGGGAACUCUGAUCCUUUUUAAAUCCUGGCAUUGACGCUAGAACCUAUGACGCAGAAACCCCUUUGAAACAUAGAUGAGCAUUUUUUUUUUCUCCAGGGCUCACUGCACUAUUUGUUUAUUAUUGAAAUCUUAAUCUGACAUGAAAGAGAGCAGAAAACCACUGGCCAAAUUUGCUCACUGCUAUACAGCAUAUUUUUUGGGACACAAAAGACAACAAGAACGCAAAUGUUAUCUGUAAUUUCUAAAUAAAGGA